GUAAAUGUGUUAAAAAGUUUUUAAAAGCCAGUAAACAUUGUUAAUGUGUUAAUAUGCUAGGUUAAAAGUAACUAAAAAAAAAGCAUAUUUAAUAUACGUUUUAUAUAAACAUUAAUUUACCUGAUUAUUUAAACUACGUGGUAAGUGUUCUCUAUCAAAUUAUAUGGCUGUUUUAACAAAUUUAAAAUCGAGUGAAUAUUUUCUAGAAAAUGUUAUUUUCAUUGACAUUGAAGCUACGGGGCUUUAUCCAUCUACUGAUCGUAUAAUUCAGAUUGCAAUGCUAAAAAUAAAAAAUAAUGGUUUGAUUGAGACCUACCACAAGUAUAUUAAUCCUUGUAUGUCAAAAGCAGCUCAGAUGGAAGCUUUUCAAAUUCACCAUAUUAGUCCUGAGAUGUUGAGCAAAAAAAAUACUUUUGCUAGCCAUGUUCAAGAAAUUUAUGAUUUUAUUGGUGAAACAAAAUAUUUAUGUGCGCAUAACGUAUGGUCCGAUUGGAACUAUCUUUUUGCAGAAUUCACACGUUCUGGAAAGGUUUGGGCAAAUUUGUUAGCAAAUAAAGAUAUAACCUUAAUCGACACAAACAAACUGACUAUCAAAGCUUUUCCUAGCUGCGAUAGACAAAGUUUGCAGUCACUUUCAAAUUACUUGAGUAUUGUCAUAACUCAUAAUGAUGUUAAUAAAAUAUUCGACAAAAGUGAUGACCAAACGCAAAAUUCAGUUUUUAAGAUUGAAUCUGCUGCAAAUUUGCAUGACGCUAGGACAGACACUAUGGUAACUAAAUUACUGAUUUUCAAAGCAAUCGAAAAAUUAUUUAGUCAAACUCAUAGUAAAUUUUUUUCACUUAGAGACAUUGUUGAAAAGCACCCGUAUUCCGCUACAAAAACAUCUCUUUUAGAACUUUUGGAUAAGUUCAACGAUGAAACUAAUAACGAAUCGGAUUCCAUGUUAUUAGAUCUUGCAAAUAAUCACAUUACGUCAUUAAAAAUGGCUCGCGGAAAACUUAUCAAAGAUCUAAGUAGUUUCUAUUUACAACAAGAGAUUUUUUACUUUUCUAAAAAUUUAAAAGAUAUAAAUAAAGAAAGAGAAGUAAAGUUACGCAAACUUAUUCUUAAAUACAAUAAAGCUUGAGAAAACAUUUUUAGAAUAUAUAAUUGCUCUUGAUAUAAAUUUAAUAAAACAGUGUAUUUGUUUUUAAUAUGUUUGAAUGAUAUUUAAAAUACAAUAAUAUACCAAAAU